GCCCCGCUGCCGUCUUCCCGCCCGCGAGACGACACGCCGCCGCCUAUCCCGACAUGGGUCGACAGAAGGAGCUGGUGAACCGCUGCGGAGAGAUGCUCCACAUCCGCUACCGGCUGCUUCGCCAGGCGCUGGCCGAGUGCCUGGGGACCCUCAUCCUCGUGAUGUUUGGCUGUGGCUCUGUGGCCCAGGUGGUGCUCAGUCGGGGUACCCACGGUGGUUUCCUCACCAUCAAUCUGGCCUUUGGUUUUGCUGUCACCCUGGGCAUCCUGGUGGCUGGACAGGUGUCUGGGGCCCACCUCAACCCUGCUGUGACUUUUGCCAUGUGCUUCCUGGCACGCGAGCCCUGGAUCAAGCUGCCCAUCUACACACUGGCUCAGACACUGGGUGCCUUCUUGGGUGCUGGGAUCAUUUUUGGGCUGUACUAUGAUGCAAUCUGGAGCUUCGCCAACAAUGAACUUGUCGUCUCUGGCCCCAACGGCACAGCUGGCAUCUUUGCCACCUACCCCUCUGGACACUUGGACAUGGUCAAUGGCUUCUUUGACCAGUUCAUAGGCACGGCCGCUCUUAUUGUAUGCGUGCUGGCCAUCGUUGAUCCCUACAACAACCCUGUCCCCCGCGGCCUGGAAGCCUUCACCGUGGGCCUUGUGGUCCUGGUCAUUGGCACCUCCAUGGGCUUCAACUCCGGCUAUGCUGUCAACCCUGCUCGGGACUUUGGUCCCCGCCUUUUCACCGCUCUGGCUGGCUGGGGUUCAGAAGUGUUCACGACCGGCCGGCACUGGUGGUGGGUACCCAUCGUCUCCCCGCUCCUGGGCUCCAUCGCGGGCGUCUUUGUUUACCAGCUCAUGAUCGGUUGCCACCUGGAGCAGCCGCCACCACCCUCCACCGAGCAGGAGAACGUGAAGUUGGCUCACGUGAAGCACAAGGAGCAGAUCUGAGUGGGCGGGGCCACUCCUUUGAGCAUCCACAGACUGUGCAGGGGCCACUUGCUACAAGCCCCCAUGAGAGUUCCCUGGCAGGCUAAGAAGCUACCUGUUUACCCUACCCUGCUGGAUGCCCCCCCCCCCCCAGGAUUUCCACUGGACCUUCCCCAACAGGAUAUGAGGUCCCCACCAUUAAGCCAUGGUGGGUUCAGGAAUAGGUCCAAGCAUCUUUGUGUCUCAUGAAGGGAGAAAAUGGGCAGCAGGUGUGUGUGUGUGUGUGUGUGUGUGUGUGUGUGUGUGUGUGUGUGUGUGUGUAUGUAUACGUGUGUGCACAGGUUCCUAGUUACUCAAGGUAAGGAUCCAAGCUUUCAAAAGGAUUUAGCCAUUCAGGAGUGGUGUCCAUAUGUGAACAAGGAAAGUGCACGUUGCAAGGACUCCAUGAGGAGUGGACCAGAUAAGUGUGUGUCUGUGUGUCUUGGUAUAUGUCUGCCCUUUUUCCUAAGUGGGGCUUCUCUAGGCUUUGGGGAGGGGUGCUAGGAUGAGGGGGCCACAGCUUACAUUUGGAGCUGUGGCACUCCUGAGUAGGAGCUAUGUUAAUACGUUUCUGUUAUAAUGUAGGCAUGGGGAGAGGGAAUGAAGUCCAGGUCAUAAGUUUCAUGUUUGCUUUUUUUUUUUUUUAAUAUAUAUAUAUAGCAGAUGUUAUAGUCUUGGGGAUAGGGGUAGGGAGACUCCAUUUUAAAAAAGGUUUUCCUUCCCUUAAUCCUCCAUUUUACAAUGUAUCCUUUUUGUCUUUUAUAUAAAAAUGAAUAAAAUGUGUAUCUAAAACUA